UCUCCUAUGUAAGUGGUAGAGUUUCUACUGAGGGGGUAUCCGAUUACCCUUUUUCCAGCUUUUGACUGGGAACCUCUCUCCCUGUCGUGCCCAGGCGCAUAUUGCAUUUGCUUUAUCGCCUUUCUCUUGAAAAAUUGAGCCACAGUCCUUCCAACUGGACAGAAAUGAGCAUCGAAACGCUUUUGGAAGCAGCCAAGUUUUUGGAAUUGCAAGCCCAGCAACAACAGAAAGCACGUGAGGAUGAGCUAAAGGAAAAGCAGUGCCUGGACCAGUUGACACAGCAGAAGCACUCUGAUGUGAACUAUAACUCAACAAUCCACAUUAACAAUGUCUCUAAAGCAGAGGAGCUCCGCACUGAGUGCCACCCAGUGCCCAUACCACCCUCCCUACCUCCCCCUCCCAUGCCCAUUACUGUCAUCCCCAUCCCAGUGGUCACUCCCAACCCUACAGGCUCACCUACUCUCCCUGUCGCCACGCUCUCACCUCCAGCCGCUCCGCCACCUGCCGCUACUCUGCCACGCUCUCCACAACCCAAACCUGACCACCCGAGCUCCGUGCUGACAGCCAACCACAAGCAGCUGAUACAGAACCACCACCAUCACCCACAGCUCAUCGCUCAAACUAACAGUACUAAACUACAGCAGCAGAUACACCAGCAGCUGGUUCAGCGCUACCCUGGUUCCAUCGUCUCACCCCCCCAGCAACAUGCCUUACUCCCUCAGUCGGGCCCCGUGCCCCAACAGGCUCCUCUACAGAACGGUCCCAUCAGCCGGGGGAGUCCUACUGAUGACAGCCGCCACCUAGAUAACAAGAAGAGGCCUGGAGGGGCAGGCACAAGAGAGGUGCAUAACAAGCUUGAGAAAAACAGACGAGCACACUUGAAGGAGUGCUUUGAGACGCUGAAGAAGAACAUCCCCAACAUAGACGAGAAGAAGACCUCCAAUCUGAGUGUGCUAAGAAGUGCACUGAGAUACAUUCAGACGCUGAAGCGGAAAGAGAAGGAGUACGAGCACGACAUGGAGCGACUGGCCAGAGAGAAGAUAGCCACGCAGCAGCGAUUAGCAGAGCUCAAGAAUGACCUGAGCCAGUGGAUGGAUGUGAUUGAGAUCGACCGCGUCCUCCGGCAGACAGUACAGCCAGAGGAGGACCAGGCCUCGACCUCCACUGCCUCAGAGGGUGAAGACAUCAUGGAUGAUGACCUAGAAGAUGAUACUGCGCCGAGAGCACAGACUGCCUUACCCACCGUGCCUCAAACCAUGAAAUCUGAGCUGCACAAGACUGCUACACCCACUCAGACACCAACCCUGACACCUACCACCACCACCACCACCACUACCUCCUUCAUCACCCAGCACGUCUCCAUCCAGCACAAAGCCCCUCUCCACCAGCCUCAGCUCCAGCCACUGCCAGUGACUCCUCCACAGCCAGUGUCCAAGCCUGCAGCCCCACUUACACUCACAGCCACAACAUCCACCACUCCCACCACCCCCAGUCAACCCCUGAUCCCCACCCAGACACAGAUGGUGACCAUGCCCAGUCUACACCCCACAGUUAUUGCCCAUGCUUCAGUAUCGCACCCCUCUGUCAUCCAAGCAGUCAACCAUGUCAUCCAGGGAGGGGGUCCCAAACAUAUUGCCCACCUGGCUCCCUCCACCACCACCAGCUCUGUCCAGUUAGCCCCUGGCCACCAACCCAUCAGCCACAUCACCGUACACCCUGUGGCUCACCUGAGCCAGCACCUACCGGGCCUCUAUCCCCAGCCGGUGGCUGUCACACAGCCAACUGUUGUCGGUCACAUCACCCACACCAUAAACCACGCCCACCCUCAGAUGAACGGCACUGCACCUAGCCAACCAGCCGCCGCCAUUGUUGGCAAGCAGACAGCAGUGAGCACCCAAAUGGUGGCCCACCACCCGCAGCUGGUGGGUCAGACAGUGCUCAACCCUGUGACAAUGGUGACCAUGCCCUCCUUCCCCAUCAGCACUCUGAAGCUGGCCUGAACACUGCCAACAGAACCAGCAGGCCGGAAGACAGAGACGCCCCUCGCCAGGGGACAACCUCAGACCAGGCCAUCGACGAGGCCGCAGUGAGGACAGGAGAGCUCCUGGACACCUCGAUGAUCCACAGAGUUUCACUAUCAUUCACACGCAUUGCAGCUGAUAUAAAUCCAGGAACAUUCCUAAGACAAAACGCAAACCUCUUUCAGUACUAGACUACCCGUGUCCUGAAAUCUUGAUCCUGAAUUUAGGAUGUGCCAGGGUGCAUGUGGUUGAUAGUCAUCAUGUUGAGUGUAUGUGGCAGUAUAUAGUGGACAGAUGAGUCAUUUUAGAUUCUCACUCUCAUUGUUGCAGAUAAUGGAGCAGUAAUCAUUGUCACAUGAGCUUUAUGGCUUCAUAAUGGGAAAUGUUGCGCUGCCAGCACAGCGUCCAUGACAGCACCCUGUUACAGUGUUCAUGUAGGUUCUGGCUGGUAGUUAGACUCCUUGAGAUCAUUGUGACUGCUGUGGAUUAAUCAGUAGUAGAUCAUUGAGUGAGGGGCUGCAUUGAGUUUUGAGGGCUCAACCCGCCAUAACCACCAGCACAUUGGGAAUGUGAUUUGGAGGAGCUCCUCCUCUCCAGCAGAGGCACAUGCUGCAGGGCUGGAGCGCAAUCAUGGACUGAACUACAGCUCCUGAACUGGAGCUGCAGUCUGCAGUGAUAGUGCAUACAGCAAUAGCCCCCCCUGCUGGCAGACUAUGUUCAGUGUAACACUGCUGCUAUCCCUGCCACAGUGAACAAAGUGUAAUGCUGACGGAGGUCAUUCAGACAACGGCCACAUAAAUUGGAGAAAAUACAUAGAUUUGACAGGAUUUGGUUUUUAGUGUUGAAAAUAUAUGACUCUCAAUUUGUUACUUAUCGCUAGUAUUUGUCCUUCAACCACACUGGCAAGUGUACACUGAGAACAAGUACAUGUUAGUGUUUUAUGAUCAUGUUAUGUUUUUGUCACAGCUGCUACUAUAUUUUAAAGUAUUUUUGCCGAAUAGGAUCACUUGUACAUCCACGUGCCCCCUAAAUGUAAGCAUCACGACAGACAGUGGUGUCUUUAAAUGCUAAACAUGUAGCAUCUGACUAAAUGUCAGUCAGAUGCUACACCGUCAUGGAGUUGACUGUCCAGAGAUUUUGAAUGUGAAUACAUAAAAGGCCCAUGAAAUAUAGAAUUAGAUGAAUAAAGUGUGUUUCUAUGCUGUCUUGCAAGGCAAGUGGUAGCACGAUGUGUGUUUGCAUGCUGUGAAUGCAUUCAUGCCUGUUAAUUUAGUGAUUGUGUUUGAAAGCGAGGACCCACAACAGUGCUGCCAUCCUCGACAAGUUGCAGUACGGAUUUAAGAUUUUUGACACAGAAUUGAAGCUCUGUCACACAUAAUUUUGGGUUGGGAUCACUAUGAAGUGAUUUCAGCAGCUGACUUAAAUCCAAUUGAUAUGUGUUUUAUCAAGACUGUCCUUCUCCAAAGCUAGCACUGUGAAUAUUUCUAUUCGUCUCAAUGAGCAGCAAACCUGCGGUUCUGCAUAGCAUUUGCUAAAACAGCAACAUGCUAUGCUCUCCUAAUUUAAUCUGAAUGUACUGGCCUGUGAAAGCCUAUGGAGUAGCGCACUUAUCAGAAUCUAAGCCCUUUUUUUUUUAAGAAAAUGCAAUUACUUUAUUAAAGUAUCAUAUGUAUGUAAAGUGUAAACAUUUAACUUUGUAUUUUAAGAUUUAAUGUUGCUUGUUUUAUGUGGAGAAUAACUUCUUCUGUUCAGUGUAAAUUUGAUUAUAUAGUUUGUUUGUUUUUUCUGGGACCAUGUACAGUGCUGUAUAUCAGGGGGUGAUGACUACACAGACCUCUUCCCAUGUUCAUAUCACAUUCAGCCACUUUGGAAAGUAUUCACCCCUUAAUGUUUUUGUACUUUGUUCUGAUACAGUAUGGUAACAACAAGGGCCCUUUUUUGAGAACUCCUGAAGUGCAAAGAUGAACAAACCAUUUCUUCACCUUCAGAUUAUAUGCAAAUGAUCCAGAUCAAAUGCAUUUCGAAUUCAUACUGUACCAAAACAAAUUGUGUGAAAAAUUACUGGGAUUCAGAUACUUGAAGAAGCAACAAUAUACUUGUGUGUUUUCCCUAUGGAGAAAGUUUAAGUUGUAUAUAGCCUGUAAAUGUUGGGCUGCAUUUAGAUCUAACUGUAUUAUGUAAAAACCUGGGGAAAAUAUGUAAAAUUUAAAAUUUAUAAAAAAAAAGAUACUUAAUAAAUUGUA